UUUUUAUUCCCUUCCUGGCGUCGGUGGUUCACAGCCACAGGAUUCCUGCUCCCUCUAGCCAUGACUGAAAGAGUUCUUCUGUUAACAGCCUUGGCCUUAUGUCACGGAUUCAACCUGGACACUGAAACCGCAGUGAUCUUUCAAGAGAAUGUAAAAAGCUUCGGGCAGAGUGUGGUCCAGCUUGAGGGGUCCCGGUUGGUGGUUGGAGCCCCCCAGGAGAUAAAGGCUGCCAACCAAACAGGUGGCCUCUACCAGUGUGACUACAGCCUGGGCACCUGUGAGCCCAUCCCCCUGCAGGUGCCCCCGGAGGCUGUGAACAUGUCCUUGGGUCUGUCUUUGGCAUUUGCCACCAACCCAUUCCGGCUGCUGGCCUGCGGCCCCACCCUACACCAAAUUUGCAAGGAGAACACCUAUGUGAAUGGUUUCUGCUUCCUGUUUGGAUCUAACCUACGGCAGUCGCCCGAGCGGUUCCCAAAGGCCCUCAGAGAAUGCCCUCAGCAGGAGAGUGACAUUGCCUUCUUGAUUGAUGGCUCUGGUAGCAUCAACCGAAAUGACUUUCAGCGGAUGAAGAAUUUUGUCUCAACUGUGAUGCGUCAAUUCACAAAGUCCAAAACCUUGUUCUCCUUGAUGCAGUACUCUGACGACUUCCGGACUCAUUUCACCUUCAAAGAUUUCAAGAAUAACCCUAACCCGAGGGGACUGGUGACGCCAAUAGAACAGCUGACUGGGUACACAUACACCGCCACGGGAAUCCUCAAAGUAGUAACAGAACUGUUUAGCAGCAACAAUGGAGCUCGGAAGAAUGCCCUUAAGAUCCUAGUUGUCAUCACAGAUGGAGAAAAGUAUGGUGAUGCCAAGGAAUAUAAGGAUGUCAUCCCUGAGGCAGACAGACGGGGUGUCAUUCGCUAUGUCAUUGGGGUGGGAAGUGCCUUCAACAAUGAGAAAUCCCGCCAAGAGCUUAAUACCAUUGCAUCCCAGCCACCUCGCGAGCAUGUGUUCCAGGUGAAUAACUUUGAAGCUCUGAAGACCAUUCAGAACCAGCUUCAGGAAAAGAUCUUUGCGAUUGAGGGUACUCAGACGGGAAGUACCAGCUCCUUUGAGUAUGAGAUGUCUCAGGAAGGCUUCAGUGCUUCCAUAACCUCCAAUGGUCCCUUGCUGGGUGCCGUGGGGAGCUUUGACUGGGCUGGCGGAGCCUUUCUGCAUAUGCCACAGGAUAAAAUCACCUUUAUCAACACAACCAGGGUAGAUUCAGAUAUGAAUGAUGCUUACUUGGGUUAUGCUGCUGAAGUCGUCUUGUGGGGUCGGGUGCAAACUCUGGUUUUGGGGGCGCCUCGAUACCAGCACACUGGCAUGGUGGUAAUGUUCAGACAGAGCGCUAAUGUCUGGGAGACCAGCUCUGUUAUCAAGGGCACCCAGAUUGGCUCCUACUUCGGGGCCUCCCUCUGCUCGGUGGACGUGGACAGAGACGGCAGCUCCGACCUGGUCCUCAUCGGGGCUCCCCAUUACUACGAGCCGACCCGGGGGGGCCAGGUGUCUGUGUGCCCCUUGCCCCGGGGGCAGAGGUCUAGGUGGCAGUGUGAGGCCAUUCUCCGUGGGGAGCAAGGCCACCCCUGGGGGCGCUUUGGGACAGCCCUGACUGUGCUGGGGGACGUGAAUGGGGACAAGCUGACGGACGUGGCCAUCGGGGCCCCUGGAGAACAGGAGAACCAGGGUGCUGUCUACCUGUUUCAUGGAACCUCAGGGCGGGGCAUCCGCCCCUCCCACAGCCAGCGGAUUGCAGGCUCCCAGCUCUCCCCCAGGCUCCAGUAUUUUGGUCAGUCACUGAGUGGGGGCAAGGACCUCACCAUGGAUGGGUUGAUGGACCUGGCUGUAGGGGCCCAGGGGCGUGUGCUGCUGCUCAGGUCCAAGCCUGUGCUGAGAGUUGAGGUGACCAUGAACUUCGCACCAAGAGAAUUGAUGAGGAAUGUGUAUGAGUGUCGGGAACAUGUGGUGAAAGGCCAGACUGCUGGGGAGGUCAGAGUCUGCCUCCGUGUGCAUAAGAGCACACGGGACCGGCUGAGAGAAGGAGAGGUCCAGAGCACCAUCACAUAUGACCUGGCUCUGGACUCAACUCGCCAACUUCCUCGAGCCAUUUUUGAUGAGACGAAGAACAGCACACGCAGGCAGACGCAGGUCUUCGGGCAGAAUCAGAAAUGUGAGACACUGACGCUGCGGUUACCGGAUUGUGUAGAAGACUCAGUGAUCCCCAUUGGCCUGCGCCUCAACUUCUCUCUGGUGGGGCAGCCCUUGACCUCCUUCGGGAACCUCCGGCCGGUGCUGGCUGUGGAUGCCCAGACACUCUUCACAGCCUCGUUUCCCUUUGAGAAAAAUUGUGGCAAUGACAGUGUCUGCCAGGAUGACCUCAGCAUCACCCUCAGUUUUAUGAACCUGCGCACCCUGGUGGUGGGUGGUUCCCAGGACUUCAACGUGACAGUGACUGUGAAAAACCAGGGUGAGGACUCCUACAGGACUCAGGUCGCCUUCUUCUACCCACCUGGCUUGUCCUAUCGGACGGUGUCAGGGAUCCAGACCCAGCACUCAUGGCGGUCCUGGCGUGUGAACUGUGGGUCUGAGACCACCCAAGGGCCUGAGACCUUGCACACUGGCAUCUGCAGCAUAAACCACCCCAUCUUCCCAGGCAACUCAGAGGUCACCUUUAACAUCAUACUGGGUGUGGACAAUGAUGCUUCCCUUGGAAACAGACUACUUUUCAAGGCCAAUGUGACCAGUGAUAACAACAUGCCGAGGACCAACAAAACUGAAUUCCAGCUGGAGCUGCCUGUGAAGUACACUGUCUACAUGGUGAUCUCGAGCCACGAGGCCUCCACCAGGUAUCUCAACUUCACAGCCUCAGAGAAGACCAGCCAUGAUAUAAAGCAUCAGUAUCAGUUCAACAACCUGGGGCGGAGGAGUGUCCCCGUCAGUGUAGUCUUCUGGAUCCCCACCCAGCUGAACCAGGUGACCGUGUGGGAUCACCCCCAGAUCGUCUUCUCCCAGAACCUAUUCAAUUCAUGCCGCGUUGAGGAGAGGGCCCCCCCUCGCUCUGACUUCCUGGCUGAGCUUAAGAAAAGCCCCGAGCUGAACUGCUCCAUCGCUGUCUGCCAGAGAACCCAAUGUGACAUCCAGUCCUUUGGCAGCCAGGAACAAUUCAGUGUCACCCUCAAAGGCAACCUCUCAUUUGACUGGUAUAUCAAGACUCCACACAGCUACCUUGAGGUUGUGAGCACAGCGGAGAUCUUGUUUGAUGACACGGUGUUUACCCUGUUUCCAGGACAGGAGGAGUUUGUGAGGGUCCAGACAAAGACCAAAGUGGAGCCAUAUGAAGUGGGAAACCCUGUCCCACUCAUCGUGGGCAGCUCCGUGGGCGGGCUGGUGCUCCUGGGCCUCAUCACAGCAGUUCUGUACAAGCUCGGCUUCUUCAAACGGCAGUACAAGGACAUGAUGAGUGAAACUGCUCCUGAAGCUGCCCCACCCCAGUAACUGCUCCUUCCCCACUGCGUGUCCUCUCCCGAAGCAAGCAGGACCCAGGCUGCAGUACAGACAUGUUCAUCCAUUUGGAGACGGGGUGGUGAUGUCUCACUCAGGAAAGACCUGCUUAGGUUUCCAUUUCCGUUCAUGUGUGUGUGCAAGUGUGUGCAUGAGUGUGUGUCACUCAGAUGUCCCCUGCAGGGGGGCACGUGGCUUCAGCAAACUCUUCUCGGGCACAGGAAGUUGCUUGGGCUUGCUUGUGUGUGGGCGAAGGUGCCAUUCCAGCCUUCCUCCAGGACAGAGGUUAUGGCAGCUCUUGUGGGUGAACUUAAAGGGAAAGCAACAGCCCCCCCCCCCCCCCGCUGAAGGAAGUGAGAACUCCCUUCAUGGGUGAGCACGCAAAUCUUCAGAAGUCUGGACAGCUGGGACCAAGACCACAUGGCGAAGCCAUGCUAGAGCCAGGAACUGGUCAAAUAACAGGAGCCUGUCCAAACCCAUUUCACACUAGAGCCAAAAACGUCCCACAAGCAAUAAUAUGCCUCCCUUUAUCUAUUCAUUUAUUUAUUAUUUUAAUGUUACUUUUAUUUUUGAAUUGAUACACCUGUUGAUAGUACAAAAGUCAAAAGUCUUCCUUCCAUCCUGAUCAUCCUAGCCAUUUAAGUCACUUCUAAAGGGCACUCAAAUCUAUGUGUUUUCGAGUCUCCUUCACAAAGACUCUAGGCAUAUGUAAAUACACACACAAGCUAUUUACACAAAUGAUAGCACAGGUUUUGUUUAUACUAUGUUCUGCAUCAUGCUUUUUCAUCAAUAUAGCUCAGACAUUGUUUCAUAUAAGACACAAAGUACUUUUUUGUUCUUUAACACAGCUCAAUAGUAUUUCAUUGUAUCGGUGAUUCAUAAUGUAUUUAACCA